UUUUGACCCAGGGCAACCAGUGCAAGGGGCAGCGUAUCUGCCAUGGCGUGGAUGUUUGUCCACCAUGUGCAGAAUGGAAACCUGCUGCACGCUUCAUGCAGUAGCAAGUGAUGGCAAGGGGAUGACAGCUUCAGGUAUUGCUGCUCUGGGUGACAUGCAAGCUGCUGCCAGAGAUACUGGCACUGCCCCUCUGAACUGCUUCAUUUGAACCUGUUGGCCAUGGUAGUGAGCGUGGGGUGAGGUUUAAAGAGCUGUGUGGUUCCUGGUUCUCAGAUGGCAGUGUUUGCAGGUUGUUUGAUGUGGCUUCAGCCUGGCCCACAGCUCCUGCUGCAGCCGUGGUGACGGACAGUUGCUCAGGGGACUGAGGAGGAGGGGCAGCAAAACACAAAGGCGGCUGGUCAGAAGGGCGCAGGCUGAGUGGGAGAGCUGCUGGAGCUCUGCUCCCUGCUCUGCGUCUGUCUGUCUGCUUCUCUGACCCAUGGGGAAUGAGCUCCCGGCGCUCAGCUCUGCCUUGUCCGGCCAAGAACGUGGUGGUGUAUCGCAACGGCGACCCCUUCUUCCACGGGAGGAAGUUUGUGGUGAACCAGCGGCGGCUUCUGACCUUUGAGGCAUUUCUGAGCGAGGUGACCGAGGGCAUUCGUGCGCCCUUGGCUGUGAGGAAUCUCUACACGCCCCAGCAUGGCCGUCGCGUUGCUGAGCUGGCUGACCUGCAGGAUGGGUGCCGGUACGUGGCUGCGGGCUGUGAAAAGUUCCAGAGGCUCGACUAUUUAAAUCAUGGGAGGAAGGAGCUCCGUGGGACAAACAAGAGCAACAGUGUGCAGCCCUGCGCCGCAGCCCCCUGGAAGCGCAGCACUGCAGUGCAGCAGCAGAAGCCCACCCACCUUACAGUACACACUACAGCUGCACACCUCAGGAACUUCAGGGACGGAGGCUCAGCCCCCAGGCAGCCCAUGUCAGUGCCUGACCACCCUCCUGGAGAUGGUCUUCCCAAUAUCCAACCUGAAUGCUGCCCCCACACGAACAGUUCCUCCUUCCACCACAGCUGUCUGCUGCAAACACGGCAUGAACACGUGCCUUCUGCCCCUUCUUCCACAAUCCACCUCAUCAGAGGAAACUGAACAGAAAUGCCCGUAGUUCAUCACAGAUCUCACGGUGCCUGGUGACACCAGGGGCAGGGUUGAUGUUUUCACAACUGCUAAUGAAAGGUUUCUGCUCGCUGCCUUGCUUUGUGCUCUGGCUUGUUUCUGCUGUAGUGUCUUUCGCAAUGGGGAUUUGCUGAGCCCCCCUUUCCAGCUGGUGAUCUCCAAGAGCACUUCAUGGCAGUGGGACGCGCUCCUGGCUGUGCUGACAGAGAAAGCUGAUCUGUGCAGUGGAGCUGUUAACAGGUGGGUAUGUGGGCAAGGCACUGCUGGGCCUUCUUUCAUUGUGCCCAGGAACACAGGCAGCACUCAAUAGCUGCAGGACCAGGAGUUUGAUGCUUGUAGCACGCUUUGGCAAUUCCGAUUGCUUUUCGGUUUUCCCACCUUUAAAGCAAUAACACCAACGCCUUUGCUCUUGGUCUCAUUUACCACUUUGCACUUGUUUGCCUCCACACUGAGGGGCUGUUCUCUAUCUUGCGACUUCCCCUCAUGUUGCUCCGAAUCUCUUGGUCUCUUUCCCGAGGCUCUGCAGCCUGGAUGGCACACUGGUGUCUGCUGGGGAGGAACUGGUGAACGGCAGCUACUAUGUGGCAGUGGGAAGUGAGGAGUACAAAAAGCUGCCUUACAUGGAGCUGCUGG